AUGAAGAAGACUGAUAGAGACGCUGUGAUUGAGCAUGCAACACAGAUGAAGCGUCUUGUUCAUGACCCAAACAGCUUCGUCACCGAGCUCUUGGUCCAGCAGCAGCAAUAUUACUGCAUUGAAUGGCUUUGCCACUUUGAUGUCCUCUCGCGCAUCCCGCUACCUCCAGAUGCAUUGCCCUACGCUGAGGUUGCGGCAAGGGCCAAUGUGCCCGUGUCGACUCUGCGAUCUGUGGCCCGCAUGGCUAUGACUGUGGGCUUCCUCUGCGAGACGAAGGAUGGCCAUCUUUCCCACAGCCCGCUCUCGGCUUCGUUCGUCGAGAAUGUCCACCUGCGAACGGAACUGUUGCAAAUGUUCAGCAAGACGGUCCCACUCAUGGCCGGACUGACACCGGCAACGGAGAAAUGGGGAGAUACCACGGCGCCAAACGAGACGGCGUACAACCUCGUCCACAAGACUGAUCUGCCAUUCUUCCAGCACCUCGAGUCUCGGCCCGACCUCAGCGACGGCUUCAGCGCCUACAUGAAGAGCCGCGCCGUGUCGCAUACCGGAUUAAGUGCCGAGCAUUUGCUGGAUGCCUUCGACUGGAAGUCUCUGGGAGAGGCGACUGUCGUCGACGUUGGCGGGAGCAGUGGUUCCACUGCAACCAUGCUUGCCACAACGCAUCCGAAGCUCAAACUAGUCGUCCAAGAUCUUCCCGGCCCCAUCAGCAAUGCCAGGUCUCAGGUCCUAAAGCUCUCAGAGGACGUCAAGAGUCGGAUCAGCAUCAUGGAGUACGACUUUUUCACUCCGCAGCCAGUCAGGGGGGCCGAUAUCUACCUUCUGCGGACCAUCCUCCACGACUGGCCGGAUACCGACGCCGUCAAGAUCCUGCGACGCAUUGUGGAGGCCAUGGGACCGUCUAGCAGGCUUCUCAUCAUGGACGUGGUCCUGCCGAAGCCGGGCUCGGGGCCGACAACCUUCGAGGCGACUUUGCGGCAGAGAGACCUCACCAUGAUCCAGGCGUUUAAUGCAAAGGAGCGCGAGGCCGACGAAUGGAGCGCGCUCCUGACCCAAGUUGAGUCCCGCCUGAUCAUCCACGCGAUUGAGCGACCGGAAGGAAGUGAGCUUUCUGUCAUUGAGGCGAGGCUAGGUAGCAGCAACGGAGUAGAAUCGGCGACUGGUGCAAACGAGCACACCUAG